UUUAACUGCCAGAGACCCCUGGGAACUGGCUCCAGGCUCCCUCCCUGCCCAUUCACUUGCCUUUUGGCCCAGUCUGUAUAACUGUCCAGCAUAUAACUCUAGCAAUUUCAGUAACAAGAUGUAAACAAGGUUUCUCCCCUCUCCCCGAAGGAACAAUGAUUUACCAGGGACUGGGGUGAGUCAAUAGGGACAGACAGCUGCAGCAUAGGCAUAAUAUACAAUAUUCACGGUGGCAAAAUGUGUAAUAAUAUAUGGACACUUGGGCCUGUUUAUUCAAUUGGAAGCCUCCCAACUGCUUCCCGCCCCGCCACCCCAAGGCUGCUUUCAGGUGGGGCUUUUAACAAAAAUGGUUUUAAGCUCAGCUUGGAACUUGGACAUCUUCCACAUCUGGAAGAGCAGGUGGCAGCUUGUGAAAAGGAAAUGUAUUCUUAGCAGUGUUGCUGCUCCAAACGCUCUGUGCCAUAGCAUUCUGCUACCAUUUUCCACUCUAGGUUCUGCAGUCUCUUCGGAUUUCAACAUCACCGAUACAGAGACUCCCGUGUUUUUCCGAGGUGACAAGGCCUCUCAGUUUGGCUACCGUGUCGUCCAGACGAGAGCGGACGACGGCAGGUCCUGGUUGGUCGUAAGUGCCCCCAUGUCAGGCAACCGGAUGGGAUCGCUUUUCCGCUGCUCGUAUGAUACAGAGAAGUGCCAGCCAGUGGUUCUCCACCACAACAAUACCUCUGGAAUAUCUCUGGGACUUUCGCUGGCUGCUGAUAAAUCAGACUCCAAAAUAAUAGCCUGCGGCCCAACAUGGGAGCGUGGAUGUGGGGACUUUGAUUAUCUGAAUGGUGUCUGCUAUAUCAUGAGCAAUUUUAACCAACCUGCCAAAGAGAUCCAUCCAGCUUUCCAAGAGUGCACUGUUGGCGUGGAUGCUGUGAUCUUAUUUGACUCCUCUAAGAGCAUUUUGGAUGAUUCCUUUCGUACAAUGAAGAACUUCAUCCUUGAGCUAAUGGCUUCUGUUUCGGAGGCAGAUGUGCAGUUUGCUGUGGUCCAGUUUUCCACUGAAGUCCACCUGGUUUUUGAUUUUAAUUACUACAAUGCAUUUAAAAGCAAGGUGAAGGAAAUAGUCGACAGAAUUCAACAUGCCAAAGGAAAUACUCACACCCCGACUGCCAUCCGCCAUGUGGUGGACAAAAUCUUCUUACCCGAGCUUGGCAUGCGACCUCACAGCAAGAAACUCCUCAUUGUCUUGACCGAUGGCAUAUCCAAUGACAAGAAAACCACAUUUGAAGUCGCCAUACCGGCUGCAGAUAAGAAAGGCAUCAUCCGUUAUGCCAUUGGGGUUGGCAGCGAUACGAGAACAGAUGAGCUGAACACAAUUGCUUCGUCACCUAAUAAUGUUUUCGAAGUUGAGAGCUUUGAUGCGCUCAGUGGCAUUCAGAACCAGCUGAAGGACAAGAUCUUUGCCAUUGAAGGGACCUCUGGAAACUCUUCUGGCAAAUCGUUUCAAAAAGAACUUUCUCAGGGCGGAUUCAGUGCCCUCCUCACUCCAGGACAUGUGGUGACUGGAGCUGUUGGUGCUCACACUUGGUCUGGGGGUCUGGAGGAACAGUCUUUGGGAGACCCUCCCCAAAUCAAAUUCCUGAACAUUUCCAUCAAUGACUCCUAUCUGGGCUAUUCGGUGGCUGUAGCUCAGCGUGGGCAGAAGCAGUUCUACGUAGCUGGGGCUCCGCGAUACCAGCAUGUUGGAGCUGUCGCAGUCUUUGAAAGCCAGAGUAAGCUCUUGGUGGCAUCCCCAGAAGGGGAUCAGGUGGGUUCUUACUAUGGGGCUGAAGUCUGCUCUGUUGACCUAGAUGAAGACAGCAAUACUGACCUUGUUCUGAUCGGGGCUCCCCAUUAUUACAGUAAGAACCAAGGUGGGCUUGUUGAUGUCCGCUCUAUGAAUGACCAGGGUCACCUUGUUUCCCUCCAAACGCUUCGUGGGGAGCCUGGCAGCAGCUUUGGCCAUUUUGGAGCAGCACUCUGCGCUUUAGGGGACAUAAGUGGGGAUGGCUUUGCAGAUGUGGCGAUCGGAGCCCCCAUGGAGGAUGAAGAUCAUGGGGCCAUUUACAUCUUCCUAGGAGAAGCAGGCGGGCUGAAAAAACACCACAGCCAGCGAAUUGCUGCCAAGUCUCUCCCUCUGGUGCUCCAUUAUUUCGGACAGUCCAUCCAAGGCAGAAUGGAUCUGAGUGAGGAUGGAUUGACUGACCUGGCUGUUGGGGCACUAGGAAGCGCGGUGCUGCUUCGAUCUCGGCCUGUUUUCACAAUCAACUCUUUGCUGACUUUCUCGCAUCGCUGGAUCCCCUUGGAUGACCCUAAGUGUGGAAGCGGGAAUGUUUCAGGAAUUGCCCCCCGUGGGAAAACCAGUCUUUGCUUCACCCUAAAACUUGUCAGCACAAAAUGGACCCACGGUGCCCUGCAAGCUGCGAUCUCAUUUACUCUCCGGUCUGAUGCUAAGCAGUCUCCGUCACGCCUGACGCUAGAGAAUGAGGCUUCCACAUUCUCAGACACCAUCCUGGUUGGAACUAAGCCAAUCUGUGUCGAAAAGAUUCUCUAUGCUCCGCUCUGCCUAGAUGAUUCCUUCUCUCCACUUGUGCUGCAGGCAAAUGUAAGGGCCGAGGGCGAACCAGAUACCUCUGCAAGGAACCUACGCCCUGUCCUGGACCCUGGAACUAAUUUGUCCACUGAGAUCAAGGUUCCCUUCAAGCAAGACUGCGGCCCCGAUAAAAUUUGUGUAGCUGAUCUUCGAAUCUCCUUUAACUUUUCAGGGUCAAAAGGUCUUAAACUGAGUCCAAAUUUCAUACUGAACUUAACGCUGAAACUAGAAAACGUGGGAGAGGCAGCGUACAACCCGCACCUUUCAUUUUACUACUCUUCUGUUUUGUCCUUCCGAGGGCAUUCUGUUCUUCAGUCCAAUUGGCGUCUCUCCCCGGCCUGCCAAAUGCAUGGACCCCAAGGAAAUGCGUCAGUUCGUCACAGCUCCUGCCGCUUCAACCCACCAGUCCUCAAGGGAGGCACCCAGGCCGUACUCCAGAUUUCCCUCCGGUCCUCAAAAGGCGACUCCUGGAAUGACACUUUUGCUUACUUCCACAUCCGAGCACACAGUGAGAAUGAGAACGACACACUGAGCGACAACGAGGCCACAGGCCGGCUACCUGUGCUGCACCGAGUCGACGUCAUCGUGAAGGGGCUGGCGUCCACGGCGUACCUCAAUUUCUCCACCAAGAUGCCAGAGAAGAAGACGCUCAUGCAUGCCUUUGAGGUUAGAAAUUUGGACUCGACCGCUACUCCAGUCAACGUGGCCUUUGAACUCCCCUUCAACACUGAAGUCGGAUUCUCCUGGAACGUAACCCCAUCCCACAGGGAUGUGAUAAACCAGUCCACAUGUCUGAUAAUACCCUCGCUCAGAACAAGACACAGGGCUGAAGACCUCAAAGGACCCAUCACAAGAGGGUGCUUGGGGGCCACUGUCUGCUCCAGGUUUCAGUGCCUGAUCGCCAAUCUCUCUCGGGGAGAGUGGGUCAAGUUCAGAUUUUCAUGGAAUUUUAGCAUAGACGACAUCGCUAGCAAGCUGACGGCCCAGAAACUCCGUCUUCGGAGCGAAGCCUCUGCGGUGGUUGAUGAGACCAGGUUUUUUCAGCCAGAAGAAUUUCAGUUCAGUCAGAUUAGCACUGAAGUUGAGCUGAUUUCACCAUUCAAUCCCAUCCCAAUCAUUGUUGGCAGUACCAUCGGAGGAAUCCUGCUCUUAGCCAUCAUCGUGGCAGUCCUGUUUAAGUUUGGAUUCUUCAAACGCAAUCGAGUGUCCUUAGAAGAUGAAAUUGCGUCAGGACCAGCUGGGCCCGGUGAGCAAACUCUUCAAGCAACCAACUAGCUUACAAGGGAAGGAGGAAUCAUGUGGAUCUGGGAAGCACGGCCUAAGGAUUCCCUGGGGAGAGAGAGGAAUGGGAUUUGAGAGGAGGAGUCUGGGAUCCAGGUAGAAUGCUAAACUUAAGAAAAGGUAUGUUUUGAAGGAAAAGCACAAAGUCUGCCUGGGUACACCCUAGCAAUUUUGGCUGCUUCCGGACAGGUGGCUCCUAGCACUAAUAAAUCAUUGCUGUUCUGCUGUAAUCUACAAGAGGAUUUGCAAACUGAUUUCUACGUUAAUUGGGUUAUUUCAAGUUGCCUGAGUUGCCAUUGAAAAACAAAAAUUCUGAGUAUUCCUUAAAAACAACACAAAUAAAAACGACUUAUUUAUUUAUAUAGCACUAAACUUUAAUUUGUUUAUAGGCACGAUUGCUCAUUGCUACUCCCAUGAAUUGUCAGUAAUUAAAAGGUUGUGUCCCUCAUUAGCUAUGCUUUGGAGUAGCCCCGUUGAAGUUAAUUAAUACGACUAACUUGGGUCCAUUGAUCUCAGUGGGCUUACUCUGUGUAAACCUUAGUUGGAUGUGUUUAAUGUUUGUGUUGGAUCAGAAGUGUUUUAUAAGAGAAAACAAUGCUGCUAAAACGCUAGCGAGUGGAAAGUUUAGGAGGUUUUUUUUGGGGGGGGGAGAUAUCACCAUAGUGUGAGACCACUUGUUAAUUUAAGCAGUAUGUACUUAAAUUAGGAAAAAGAGAUGGAGGCGACUUUGGGAAAACUCUUAUUACAAUAUGCAUAUACCCAGUGGAAUGUGUUAGACAGAAUAGGUUAGGUGCAAGUGUCUGGAAAUAUUUUGUUCUCUCUGUACCAAGACAUGUUGCUUCUGCCGUUUUGAAACGGAGGAAGUUGAGGCACAAUGAGCUCAGCAGAAUGUCCACAUAAAUUAAAAGGAAUAUGAUUCAGUCUUGUGUUGACAUCUUCCUGCAAUUUUCACCCUGUGCACCAAACAGCUGCAGUUUUCAUAGAAUUUCAGAGGAACCUGCUUUUCCUUCCUGCCUACCAAAUUGCUAAAUAGUUUAAUUAAUAUGUAAUUUUCUGAGGACUCCUGAGCUUAAGAGAGCCAGCGUGGAUGCAGUGGCUUAAGUAUUGGACUAAGACCAAGGAGACUCCGCUUCUGUUGGGCCACAAACCUUACUCUGCUUCUAGCUAGCCAACUUUGCAGGGUUCUUGUGAGGAUAAAGGGUAGGCAGGCCAUGUAUGCAACUUUUGACUUCCUUGGAUAGGGUAAAAAUAAUUUUGAAA